GGCGGCGACGCGUCCGGGGCUCCGGGGUCGCACCUGCGGCUGGGCGGCUGGUGUCCCGGAGCCGCUUGGGGGUAGCCGUUCGGGGGACCGCUCGGGGGCCGGGGGCGGCAGAGGUGGCCCAGAGUCGGGUCCCUUGGCAGUCUGCCCCCAGAAGGAGCGUUCUGCUUCAGGAACAGCCGAUAGCACAUUCCGUCCUCGCCAUCGAGCUUCUGACGUGGAUGGGUGAUUGAGAUGCAGGUGUUGACGUUACCAUUUUACUUUUCAUCUGCUAUUGCUGGUCGACUUGGGAUAGAUUCUGUUUACAAAGUUUGUACAAACAGUUGGCUUUGGAACGUCAAAAACAGUAAUUGUCAGUUCAAAUAUUGCACAGCUUCAGAAUGAUAAAUCGUUAAAUGUUUUAAGUAUUUCUUUUAUAUUUGAGCAGGAGGCUUGCCUGAACGCUGUUAGAACUCGUAAUUGAAUAGAAUGGAUAAUCACUGCCCUUGAAACCUUGAGGAAUGGACAGUCUCUUUUGAGGGUGGGGGCGCCUGGGGACGGAAGCUGACUGGAAAAUUUCAAAAAUGUUUCAAAUUCCUGUGGAAAAUCUUGACAACAUCAGGAAGGUGCGAAAAAAGGUAAAAGGCAUUCUUUUGGAUAUCGGGCUUGACAGCUGCAAGGAGUUACUGAAGGACCUUAAAGCUUUUGAUCCAGGAGAGAAGUACUUUUAUAACACAUCAUGGGGAGAUGUUUCUCUCUGGGAACCUUCUGGAAAGAAAAUGAGAUAUCGAACAAAACCAUACUGCUGUAGCCUCUGUAAAUACUCGACAAAGGUGCUUACUUCAUUCAAAAAUCAUUUACAUCGUUACCACGAAGAUGAAAUUGACCAAGAGCUGGUGGUCCCUUGCCCAAACUGUGUAUUUGCGUCUCAACCCAAAGUCGUGGGAAAGCACUUGAGGAUGUUUCACACACCUGCUCGGAAAGUCCAGAACUACACAGUGAAUAUUUUAGGUGAAGUGAAAUCAUCUAGGAGUGAUGUUAUAAGUUUCACAUGUUUGAAAUGUAACUUUUCAAACACUCUGUACUACAGCAUGAAGAAGCAUGUGCUGGUUGCCCAUUUCCACCACCUAAUUAAUGCCUACUUUGGCCUGCGGACUGAGGAGGUAGGUGAGCAGUCGAAGGCCAGCAACCCUCCUCCUGCUGAGAAGAUGCCACCGCCUGACAGGUAUUACUGUAAAAAAUGCAGUGCCAGUGCUAGCAGCCAGGACGCUUUAAUGUAUCACAUUUUGACAUCGGAUAUACACAGAGACUUAGAGAAUAAGCUUAGAUCUUUGAUUUCAGAACACAUUAAGAAAACUGGACUUUUGAAGCAAAUGCAUAUCGCUCCAAAACCAGCUGCAAAUUUGGCCGUCCAACUAAACAACAGUGCUCCAGGCGUUCCAGCCACCCCUCCUUGCUUCCAGCUUGCCUUGCCGCAGAGCAGCCAAAGCCAAACCCUAGUUCAGCCUGUCUCUGUGGCCUCGGGCACUUCUGGGGGGCUCACCCCCAAGUCCCCUCCUGCCAUCGCCCAGUCUCAGGUGGCACUCGUCUCCAGCCCACUGCCGGUGGGUCAGAACGGCCUAGCUCUGCAGACGCCGGUCCCACAACCCGUCUUCAUGUCCCACGGCGUCCCGCUCAGCCACUCCGUGAGCCCAGCUGUCCUGCCCCUGAGCCCGCCCGUUGGGCCUGUAGCCAACUCUGCUGGGACCGGUGUUCUCCCCAUGAACCAGACCAUCCGCCCGGGGAUUCUACCCCUCAGUCAGCCCAUCAGGCCCCUGAACAGACCUGCUGGGCCUCGGGCUCUCUCGGGGAACAGGCCCACUGGGGCUGGCAUCCUUCCUGUAGGGCACGCAGUUGCCCCUGGGGUUCUGCAGGCCGUCUCACCAGGGGUGCUCUCUGUGGGCCGGACAGUCCCCCCGGCUGUACUUUCUGCAGGCCAUGUGGCUCCUGCAGGGGUUGUUCCUCCAGGACAGACGGCCUCUUCAGGGGUCCUUCCUAGUGGCCAAAUUGUCCAAUCGGGGGUGCUCCCCAUUGGCCAGACAGCCCCAUCAGGUGUGCUCCCCACCGGGCUGACAGUCCCAUCCCGGCUGCUCCCCACUGGGCAGACGGUUCCGUUGAAGGUCCUCCCUGCAGGCCAUAAGGCCCCAUCUGGGGCGCUUCCUGCAGGCCAGGUGGUGCCGUCGGGGCUGCUUCCUCCGACCCAGGGGGUCUCGUCCGGGGUACUGCCUGUGGGCCAGAGCAUGAGCCCCAGCGUCCUGCAGCUCAGCCAGCCCGUCGUGUCAGGUGUUCUUCCGGUGGGCCAGCCUGUGCGGCCCGGCGUCCUGCAGUUUGGUGGCCAGUCUGUUAGCACCAGCCUCCUGCCCGUGAGCCAGCCCGUCAGGCCUGGUGCUGCGCCAAAUACCACCUUCCUCACCUCAGGCUCCAUCCUCAGGCAGCUCAUCCCCACAGGGAAGGAGGUGAAUGGCAUUCCCACGUACACACUGGCUCCAGUCUCGGUCACUUUGCCUGUGCCACCAGGGGGUGUUGCGGCCACUGCCCCACCCCAGAUGCCACUCCAGCUGUUGCAGCCCGGGGCAGCCAGCCUGCCCCCACCACCCAUGGUGGUGAGCACCUCUCAGAGCAUGUUUGUUCAGGCCUCACCGUCUGUGUCUGAGGCGAGCCAGGCCCUCAAGCAGGCCAAGCAGUGGAAGACCUGCCCUGUCUGCAAUGAGCUUUUUCCUUCCAACGUGUACCAGGUGCAUGUGGAGGUGGCACACAAGCACAGUGAGGCCAAGCCCGUCACCAUCAAGAGGCUCAAGCCAGAGAAACUCGCGGCCUGCGCACCGUUCCUAAAGUGGAUGAAGGAGAAGACUGUCCGAUGUCUGUCCUGCAAAUGCCUCAUCCCAGAGGAUGAGCUUAUCCGCCACUUGCUGACACAUGGCCUGGGGUGCCUGUUCUGCCCCUCCACGUUCCAUGACCUCAGGGGCCUCUCGGAUCACUGCAAGGCCACGCACCUGGAGAAGAAGAGGCUGUCUGUGGAUUACAGCAACAGGGGCUUCCAGCUGGAUGUCGACGCCAGUGGCAGCCUGCUCUUUCCUCACAUCGACUUCAUCACCCUCUUGCCGAAGGACGAGCUCGGUGAGCGGGAAGUCUACUUGGCAGUGCUCGCAGGGAUACACUCCAAGGCGCUGGUGCCCGUGUACAUUAAGGUACGGCCCCAGACAGAGGGUGCCACCAGCAGCCCUGGCCGGGAGGUGCUGACCUGCCCCUUCUGCUUUGGCACAUUUAUGACCAUGGACGCGUAUGAGAUGCACCUGAAGGAGAGGCACCACAUCAUGCCAACUGUGCACACAGUCCUAAAGUCACCUGCGUUCAAGUGUAUCCACUGCUGUGGGGUCUACACUGGAAACAUGACCCUGGCGGCCAUCGCCAUCCACCUGCUGCGGUGCCGGAGUGCCCCUAAGGAUAGCAGCUCAGACCUGCAGCUGCAGCCCAGCUUCAUUGACAACAGCGGGCUGCUCCUGGUCAACGGGGAGGUGAUCCACGAGUCCAGCUUCUCUGUGAAGAGGAAGCUGCCCGAUGGCCACGCCGGGGCAGAUGACCCGAGGGCUGGGGAGGAGCAGCCCCUCGUCAUUGAUGCCGACCCCAUGCCCGCUCCGGAAAAGGCAGCGAGUGGCAUGCCUUUCAAGAGACAGAAGAAUGAGAGCAGGACAGAUGGAUUGCUCAUUAAUGAUGAUGCGCUUCAGAUCCUAGCACUGAACCCCAGAAAGUACGAGGACCGUUCUUACGAGGCGCAGAAACAGUUUCUGAGAGAUUAUUUCCAUAAGAGACCAUAUCCCAGUAAAAAGGAAAUAGAGCUGCUAUCCUCACUCUUGUGGGUGUGGAAAAUUGAUGUGGCUUCAUUUUUUGGGAAAAGAAGAUAUAUUUGCAUGAAAGCAAUAAAAAAUCACAAACCUUCUGUACUUUUAGGCUUUGAUAUGUCUGAACUUAAGAACGUUAAACACAAAUUGAACUUUGAGUAUGAACCACAGAACUUGUAAAAAAAUAAGAAAUCUAAACUAGGUUAAUUAGCAGUUUUUUCAAUUGAAUAUAAAAGCGUUAUUUUCUCCACUAGUGUGUUGAACUAAUGAAUUCAGUGGUCUUUAUGCUGCUGUUUAGCUUGUUUCAGGUGCUCAGAAAGACUACUACAUAAAGAAGUGAAUAGGUUUUUCACAUCUAUUGUUUCCUGUGGGUUGAUUUUGUAACUUUUUUUUUUUUUUAGUUUUUUCCCUGUCAUGUAAAUUAAAUCUUUGAUAUUUCAUGCACGCCUUGUUUUCCCAGUAGUGUAUCGUCUGAUAAAAACUGAAAUCCAAAAUGCUAUUGUUUCAUUUAAGAAGAUUUUAGCCAUUUUAGAACACUGGCUAAUGGCAAAGUAAGGCAUUGAUUUCCCCAACAGUUCCCCACGUGGCAGGUGAUGGUGGGUGCUCAGAUGGGUGCAAACCCCCAUCAGGGUGCACUGCAUUAUGUGCGUACUUCUUUGUAAAGUAUCUGCUUAUUAGAUUAUUACUUUGAUUUUCCCUUCUCAGCUAUUUUUUAGCGUAACUCAUAGAAAACCAAAUGUUUUCAUUUGUUAAAAUAUCCUGAACCUGGAGCCUGGUAUGUAGUUCAUGUAUCAAAAGAGUUAUUUUACAAAUAAAGUAAUUCUGUAGGUGCAGAAGUACUUUACAGUGUAGACAUUUUUCCUCUUUUUGAUAUGAUAAGUAAUUUCUCCAUUCAAAGGUAAGACAAUAAAUCUUUAGUGCCUUUAGAAUAAACAUUACAAAAAAAAGUCUUCUAACUUAACUGCUCAUAAACUAGUAAAAGGGAAGGACCAUGCUACUCAGGAAUAAAAUUUUUACCCCUGAGUGUGGUUACGAAUUGAAAUUUAAACAUAGGUUUUUCAGGGGACAAUGUGAAGUGAGUCAGCCAAGAGGUAGCUCUGGUUGGUAUAUCAAUUUUUUGACAAAGUUUCUUAGAGGUAAACGUGAGUACUGGGGCUUUCCAAUAUUGGGUUGUUGGGGUUAAUGGGACGGUAAACUGGUAGAGUCUCCACUGUAUUCUUUGGAUGGUUAAACCUAGCUUCCUUCAUAAAAUACAAAAUUACUUAAAAGCACCAGAGCCAGUAAUGGAGACCAGCCAGCUCAGCCGUCAGUAUGGCGAUAUUAGCAGAGGAGCCUGCUAGCUUAUCUCUAGGCAGAAAUAAUCUGAGGAUUGACCGAGCCUCUGGGAAAUACAAUAAUGUUCUGUAUGGAUUGUAAAACAUAUUCAUUUGCAUGUAUGGCUAUACUGUGCAUUUCUAAGGCGAUUGUGAAACUCCUCUGUGAUUGUCAGCGUCCUGUUACAAAUUCAAAACAAGAGCUUGUUGAACUUUAUUAUUUUUUUUAACCUAUUGUUUUCAGAGUGUCUAUUUUGAAUUAAAACUUGUUACACCACUACAAAUAGAGCUGUUUAAAUUCUUUUAAUGGUUAACCAUUACUAUGACUAUAUAGGAAUAACCUAAACAUGGAGAGAGAUACCACCUUCAUUUUCUGAAAAACAUUCAUUACUUGCCGUUGUGAAAAUAAACCCAACAAAAGGGGGCCAAGAUAGGUGUGGCUAGAGGUCCCUGAUGUUUCUGUAGUGGUUUCCCAGAAGUGCCGAAAGAGGAAGACGUUGGUGCUGUGAGAUUUGCUUUCAUCUCGGCUGUCCUCAGUGCAGUCAGUGUGGAGGGGCCAGGCGGGGUGGCACCAACAAGGGCAACUCAGUGUGUGUCUACCUCACACUGUUGACACUUUGGGCCAGAUGAUGCUUUGUUGUGGGGUCAACCCCCUACGCCUUAGAGGACGUUGAGCAGCACCCCUGGCUGCCCCCACUAGAUGUCAGUAGCACCCCCAGUUGUGACAAACAGAAAUGUCUUCAGACAUUAAGCAGUGUCCCCAGGGGGUAGAAUCAUCCGGAUGGAACCACUGUGAUACAGGAUUCUGAUUUCUAGUCUGUUUUAGCUGCAGGGCAACUUUGAUGCGGCGUCUUUUUUUGCUGGUUACUAAAGUUGUAGGCUGCACAGAUUAAAAUUUGAUAAAAUGCUGAUUUUCAAAAAGCACGUGGGAGCUCUUGUAAGUAAAUAAGUAAAUUUAUUACUUGAAAAUGAAAAACUACAGAUUGAUAGUUUAGUGGUGAAGAUUUUUUAGACUGUCAUUUAAAAGAUGGCUAGAAAUCCAGAAGGAAAGAAGACAGUUCAGUUCUGACAUGAUUAUUACAAAAAGCUGUAUACUUAAAAAAACUCUUCCAUCGCCCAGUGUAGGCGCAACUUAAAAAUACUAUACAUUUAAGUGUAUACAGUUAAAAUUUAAAUACAGCAUACUAUUUUAGCUUUUCUGAAUUAUCCUUUUUAACAUCCCUUUUAGUCUGAGGAUUAUUGUGCAGUUCUGUAUUUCUUAAGAGUUCACUAACCAAAGCAACAAUUAGUAACCCUUUACCCUCAGUAAUUAAGAAAGGGAGAAAAAGAAACCUUAGCUCCCAAACUCUAACCUAGUUUUUACUGGGGACAAAAAACUAUUUGUUUUUAAGCAUAUCUUCCUAUUAAACGUAUCAACUGCUUGCCAAAGCAGAAAUGGGCUAAAUGUUUUGAUAACCAGAAUCAAUCAUACUUAGUGCUUACAGUUGUGCGAUGCACUGUUUUAAGCACAGUAUGCAUUUUAACAUUUAAUCCUCGCUACAAUGCUACAAGGCAAGUGGUGGCAUCACAUUUUACACAGAGGGAAACUAGGACAUUCAGUAACUUGUCCGACUUAGAGUAGGUAAGUGGAACGACUGCGCUAAGGACACGGUGACCUGGCUUUGUGCUCUUGGCUGAUACACUGCCUCUCUACAUAUAUUAUCCAGUGUAAACCUCAUUGUAGGCAUUUUAUCUACAUUUUACAGAUGAAGAAAUGGGCUCCAGUUGUGACCAACCAUCCUGGUUUGCUUGGGACUUUGAGUGCUAAAACUGGGAAGGUCCUGGGAAAAUGGACGAGCUGGUCACCCUCCUCAGAGGUCAGAUAAUUUACUUGUCCAAGGUGACACGUCACUUAAUACCACCUCCAGACUUGGACAUUGCUCUUUAGGUAUCAAGAUACAUAGGGCAUCCUGAUGCACAUAAGAAC